AUGACCUUAGGAUUCCGUCAUGACACCCCAGCUUCAUCUCCUUACGGAUACACUGUAAAGUUGGCGAAAAAAUCGCGCCCUACUGGAGAGGUGAUAGAUAUGAAACGGGUAAAUCGAAAAAGCAAAGGCGCCGCUUGGUUUGUUUCACACUGUGGCACAGAAAGCAACCGAGAAGGAUACAUUAAGGACUUGCAGAGAAAUAUUCUUUAUUUUGUUGACAAAACUCCUUUUAGAUAUCACUUCUACAUCGCAUUCGAGAAUUCGAUAUGCAAAGACUAUGUCACAGAAAAACUUUGGAAUCAGGGAUAUGGACGUGAUAUUAUACCGAUUGUCUUGAGUAGAGCAGUAGUUGAAAAAGUUGUGCCUCCACGUUCAUUUAUUGCUGCUGACGACUUCAAUGACACCAAAGGCCUGGCUGACUAUCUUCACUACCUCAUGAAAAACAAAACCGCUUAUGCAGAAUAUUUUCAAUGGCGAAGGGAGUAUAAAGUUGUUUUCCUUGAUGGUAAUGUUCACGACGCACUGGAGCGACCGUGGGGAUUCUGUCAAAUCUGUCGACUUUUGUGGGAAAAACCUAGACCGCAUUUUUCCAUAGAAAACUUCGCCAAGUACUGGGGUGGAUCAUGCGAGAAAGAUGGAGAAUUGGUGAGAAGACUUGUCGGCAACAAACGGAAUUUAACAACAGGUACAAUAAAUUUUGACGUGGAAAGAACAUUAACCACCUUUCACAAAAAACAUAUUUGA